GAUUGUUGUACCGGUAGGAACAUGGGUGGUUUUCGCUGAAGUCGCUCUUCGUGAUGGCGUCCGAGGCGCAUUGGUAAGCGCCGUAAGCAGGAGUGGAACUCCGCCAGAUUAUUCGAUACCCGCUGCAUACUGCCAAUAUCGUACAAUUGCACUUUGGACAUCGGUAAAUGUGCAGACAUUAAAGCAUAGAAGACAGGCUUGAAAUGCUCCGAAUAUUCCGUGGACACAAGCAUCAUCACCAUGUCUUACCCAAGAACUGCCCGCUCCUGGCGUCGCACUGCACUACCGUAUCCCUUAUCCAUCGUUCCCUCCACUGAAACCCUUCCUGAGAUUCUAGGACCUCACGAUGUCGUUAUCCGCAUCCAUGCCGUCUCUCUUAACUACCGCGACGUAGCUAUGCUUCGCGAAGGUGGCUACCCUGUUCCAGUCGACGCUGGCGGUAUCUGCGCGUCCGAUGCUUCAGCAGAAGUAGUAGCACUAGGCCCUGAAGCGAGCAGAUUCAAGAUCGGUGAUAUUGUAGCGCCGACUAUAGAUCUGGAAGCCCUGACGGGCGAAGAGCGGGAUAUCGAUUCGACUGCGCUGGGCGGCAAUGGUCCGGGUGUCCUGACGGAGUAUGCGGUGUUCGAGGAUAAGUACUUGGUGAAGCUGCCGAGCCAUCUGUCGUGGGAGGAGGCAUCCACGAUCCCGAUCGCGGGUAUUACUGCUUGGGUUGCGUUGAACCGCCUACAAGGGCUGACGAAGGGCGCUACUGCUCUUUUGCAGGGUACUGGAGGUGUCAGCAUGUCCGCACUGCAGAUUUGUCUCGCUGCAGGAAUCCGCCCUAUCAUCACCUCGUCUUCUGAUGUCAAGCUCGACAAGUUGAAGCAACUCGACUCGAGGAUAGGGCUCAUCAACUACAAGACACACCCUGAUGUCGUCUCAGAGGUCCUUCGACUCACCGAUGGCAAAGGUGUCGACUACGUCCUCAACAACAUCGGUGUAGCAUCCAUUCCGGAUGACCUCCAGAUAUUGCGGAAGAGGGGCGGUCGAGUCGCUCUCAUAGGAUUCCUGGAAGGAUUCGAGGCCAACUGGUCACCGAGCCUGCUCAUAACGCUAAUGGCAAAGGAAGCUCACAUCGUGGGACUUCUGGGCGGUUCCAAGGCAGACUUUGAGGCUCUAAAUGUGUUCUUUGCUGAGAAAGAAGUUCACCUAGAUCCGCUCAUUGAUCGUACCUUCUCUUUCGAUGAUGCAGAGGCUGCUUUCGAUUACCUGUCAUCGGGCAAGCAUGUUGGUAAAGUGGUCAUCAAACUAUGAGGUACGAAAUUAAGCACAUUCGGACAGGCGGGUCCAUGU